UUAACUCUAGCGUAAGUUUCCACCAGUUUCCAAAGGAUGAGUCAGUUAGGGCGAUAUGGGUCCGAAACAUUAGGCGUGAUAAAUUCGUUAUAAGGAGACACACCACUGUCUGCAGUCGGCAUUUUAUGCCAGAAGAUGUCGUUGAAGGUGGCCGACGCCGUUUGAAACCCGGGGCGAUUCCGGUGUUGUUCGCCUGGAACAACUACAACCUGCCGGUCACUCGGCCAAGCGUGUGGCAAAGGACACAGCGGCAAGAGGAGGAGGAGGAUGAGGAUGAGGGUGAGGUGCCGAUCGAUGCCAGCGUGGCUUUGUGUCACGACUACGAUAGCAGACCAGAACCUGCAUUUAUUGACCUGGCCUACGAAAAAAUCCACGCACAGCAGCAGGUCAUCAUAGAGCUACAGAGGCGACUGGAGGAGGUUUCAUUGGGGCAGAAGUUUGGACUUGAAAGAUACAAGACCUCCGAUGAGGACAUCAGGUUUUACACGAGAUUUGCCAGCUACCGCCAUUUCAAUGCAUUUUGGUUGCAUCAGGUUGAACCUGUCAGUAGGAGAAUUGUCCGUGUUGGACAGUCUUCGUCAACCACAGUUCCUGAUGAGACUGCUGACCCACCACGUAGACCAAACCGCUGUCUACCGCUGAUUGAUGAGCUGUUCCUCUUUCUGGUCUAUCUGUCUCUGGGUCUGAAGGAGAGGGAUCUAGCGGACCGCUUCAACGUACAUCAAUCAACUGUUAGUAGAACAAUUAGGACCUGGGCUAAUUUUCUCUACACAGUUUUGGGUGCUGUGGGCAUUUGGAUGUCCCCUGAUGCAGUCCGUGCCAUGAUGCCUGACGUGUUUGAAAAGUACUCUGACACACAGGUGAUAGUAGACUGCACUGAACUAAAAUGUCAGACGCCUUCCUCGCUCCUUUUGCAGAGUGAGAUGUACUCCCAGUAUAAGUCUCAUACCACAGUAAAGGGAAUGAUUGGUGUGUCCCCGCACGGUGCUGUCACCUUUGUGUCAACACUGUACUCUGGUUCCAUUAGCGAUAAAGAACUGUUCAAGCAAUCUGGAAUCAUCCCUCUACUAGAUGAAAACAUGGCUCAUGCGUUCAGCCAGUGA